GUGAAAGGGUGGGACUCCAGUAGUUUACAUGACAUUGGCUGAACUUUGCCUGUGCUGUAAGGUGUAAGAGACCGUAAUAUAUAUAUAGAGUGAGAGCGAUAGAUAGAAAGUGGGAGACAAGACAUCAGACAGAGAAGAAAAACUGUUUGUCUUGGUUGCUGUAUACCGCUUAAGAGACUCUCAGUUGCUGCAUCUGAUGAUUACCAGGAUGUGUUGACCCAGAAUGAGGGAGACCUGAUAGGGUGCCACUCUCUCCUGCUUAGUGCCUCAGAAAUCUCACUGUCUACACAGGAAGACAUGACGACCCAAGGAACCACGGACAGCAUACCCAGAAAGUGGCUGCUGCAGCCCAUGUCACCUAAAUUGGAGCAGGCAACAGAUCUUCGCACCAUGCUCAGCCCCACCACGGACGAGCCCUUCAGCCUGGACCGGAGCUGGACCUACAACAGGAAUGGCAACUCUUCUGCUUUCAGUUUCGACAGCAUCUCCGUAAACCACACCCGGUCCACGGUUGUCGUAUCUUCCCAGCAAAAAGAGGUGCAGGCCAGGCAGGUGGUGGUGUCGGAGGAAAACUGCGGCAUCACCAGCGAAGACUGGCAAGCCAGCUGCUCUAGCAGUCCCAGCAGCACGGGCUCCUACUGCGGGUUCUACUCGUUCGUGGACAAUCCUGCAAGCCCCGAAGCAGAGCUGAAUGAAGCCUGGACGGUGUCCCCGGAAAGGCAAGCCACCCUGAAAGAGGAGCGCAGCUUCAAACUGCAGACAUAUGUUGGUGGGAAGAAGCCAGGGAGUCUGUUCAAGGAGGACAAGGACUCCCGCUACCAGGUGGAAACAGACAAUGGUGCCCAAUUGAAGGCAGAGGAGGAGGAGAAGAAACUUAGGAAGGAGAUCAUGCAUGGUCAUGCCCCCCCUAAAACUGCCACCUACAGGGAACAGUGGAGUGCACUGAGCUUGUCACCCAACAAGCUGCUGGAAGGGUUCAGCUUGUGCUAUGGUCCAACCAGUAGUGAAUCUGAGCCCACACCAGCAGCCGAGGCUGGUACCAUCGACAAUGAGCAGAUAAACUUCAGCGCAGCGCGGGAACAGUUCAUAAAGAUGGAACAGUCCAGGCUAAACUCCUUUCUGCAGAGUCCCAGCUCUCUAAAACCACAAGGAAGACGGUGGCAGUCAGAAGACAGCUUGUUAUCACCAAAGAGUGCAAAAAAAGAAGACCACUCUACAGUAUGGUUGAACCAAAGUCCGACCCCAGUGAAACAGCAGGAUGAAGGGGAAGUCGUCACUGCCGGAAAGGUGACAGUGUACCGCACAGAGGAGAAGGUAACCAAGAGCCAGGGUAGUCUGCUUUAUGACCUUGACUCUGGACUGGAGGAUCUAUCGGGGGACCCCAGUGUUGGCUACACAAGUGAUGUAAGCAUAUCCAAUGACAACUCUCAACCAGAAAGCAAGGCCACCCAAUCGGUAAGUGGUCACAGAGAGACGCCCAUUGAGAGGGAGAUUCGUAUCACUCAGGAGAGAGAGGAGAGCCUUCGGAAAUUGCGGGGAAUUAAGCACACCGAUGUCCAGGAGAUGGUGGAGAUCAAGACCAAGUAUCUGCUCUCCCAGCCUGCACCACCACGGACACCUGUCAGGUCCAAAGAUAAUAAUCGGGUGAGCUUCUUCAUCCAGCGCGAGAUUGAAAAGGACAGCCAGAGGGAAGUGGACCUGAUGCACCAGGGGAGAGUCCCAAGUCUGUAUGACAGGGGAACUCCGCAGGAACUGGAGGAUAGGAAGAAGAUCUUUGAGCUGCCAGACCAACCUGGAGCCAAGGAGAAGAGGAAAAGGGCUUGGUCUUCACCCAGGGUCAAUGUGAGGGGUAGCAGCUCAGAUAGGGAAGGCUUCCCUUCCACUUGCUUCCCUAACCAGCACUCAGAAGAGACAGAGUUGUACAUCAGCCACAUGCCAAGCGUCAAUACCACCAGCAAAGGCUGGGGUUCAGAUACCCAAGACUUCACCAGAGUACUACCAAGUAGCCUCCCAGAGGAGAGUGUUACAUUGAAAGGCCAUGAGACCACAAAGGCGGCAAGCUCUAAAGUCACAAUAGUGGUGAAGACGACAAGUACUAGCGAAAUAGUAAAUGACCCAUCGUGGUUAGAGCGAAGAAAGGAGCCAGUUCCAGCCAAAAGCUCCUCAGCUAAUGAAGCCUCCUUUUCGUACUCUCCAUCCUCCCCUACACCCACUGCUUCUGCAGUUCAGGGGUCUGAGCCGAAUGAUAAGCUUUCUCAAACCUGGAGGGCGCACCUGAAUUCUGGUAGCCCGAGACCUCAAAGACCAAAUGCUCCAGAUGUUAUCCAGAAGGAGAUUGAGCAGGAUCUAAAACGCGAGCAGGAGCACCGGGAACUACGGGAAUCCUGUGGCCUGUCCGCCUCUAUGGAAGGAAACCUGGACUGUGUAGGACGAGACGCUAAAGACACACAUCAAUCGCAAAGCCUGCAAAGGGUCAUCGUGGAACAGGAAGACUCUGUCUUCUAUGAGAGCCCUUCACUUCUUGUAGAGCAGACAAGCUUGACCAGACGGCCCUCUUCCUUUAUCACUCCAGUAUCAAUACUAGAUAAAACAGACAGCGCAGCUCCCUUUUCCCCUUCCAUUCGUCCCACUGCCCGACUUCCCUCCUUUUCCAUAGUGACCGCCCAGCCAUGGGGCUGUCCAAGGCCCACCUCCCCCGUGGAUAGCAGGGUUUCCCCCAUGUUGCCUGCCAGCCCAUGGGCAGAGACAGGUGGCUCCCCUGGGACACCCACACAAAAGGGCCUGACCGAGACAUUGCUAGAGGAUUUUGAGGAGAGGAGAGUCAAACUGAAGCUGGAAGAGAACGCUUAUGCAGGAAUUCAGUGCAUUGAUGAUGUGAAUAAUGAGGUCUUGGAGGCCACCCGGAUCACCAGGCACAAAAACAAGCGGGCACUGCGCUGGGAGGCUGGUGACUACACCAACGAGUACCAGUCCUCUCCCCUGGAGGGCAUGAUCCCUCCUGAUGACCCAAUUGGACAGGACUUCAACAGGAGCCAAUGAAGUUGGAAAUCCCAUCCAGUUGACUAAAUUAAAAU